AUGAAUACUCCAGCACAAGAAAGUUCAUCGGAAACCAGGAGACAAGAAAAUGAUGGGAUUACACAAGAUGAUAUAAGGGUAGUACGAAGCCUUUUAAGGAUGUUUCCAAUGUGGGGAACAUUAAUCGUGGUCCCCUUAACAUCAGCAGUCGGGAGCACUUUCUAUAUUGAACAAUUCAGCUAUCUUAGAGGUAAUGAUAAAAUUCCCGCCCAAAUGUUCGACAUGAUUCAAGAUUUAUCAGGCUUCGCCAUCCUGAUUCUGUAUAGUCGUCUGACUUGUGUCCGCCAAAACGAGAAGCUCAAAAUUGGUGUUGGAAUGCUUUGUUCUAUAAUAUCUUGUGUUUUCGCAUGGAUAUUAGAGUUUUAUAGGUUGAAAGAAGUUCGUGAGGUGGGUGAUGAUGAGAACACUUCCACUAGUUUUCUUUGGUUAGUGUCUCAAUUCUGCAUCCUUGGAUUCAUGGAAGGGCUUACAGAAGAAGGGUCGUUAAGGGUUUUUAAGUCACAAAUAGACGAACUUAUUAAGAGUUAUCGUGAGGAGUAUAUGGAGGUUGUGAUGUGCCUCGGAAAGUUGGUUAACAUUUUUCUCAUUUUAAUACUUGAUAGCCAGCUGAGGUGGUUUGGAGAUGAUGUCAACAAUACUCAUCUAGAUAGGUAUUAUCUACUUUUGGUAUGUCUUUGCUCAGUAAACUUCGUAAUCUACUGUUGCAUAGCUAAAUGUUUCUACGAGGGAACUGAGCCAGACCCCCACUCUGCUAAAGAUAAUUUGCAAUUACGUGAGAGCACUCAUGCUACUAACGGCUAG